AUGUCUCUAAAAUCAAAUAUGAAAACUUCAAAAUUGUUAAGAACGAUUUCAAUGAUAUAUCAUAUACAAGAAGUAAAACAAAAUUUCAAUCCAUCCGCUAAAGGUUUUGAAAAUUUGUUGGGCUUUUGUGUCAUAGAUCAAUUAAAAAGGAUGAAUGAAUCCGAAAAGAUCGUGUUAAAUAUUGGUGGUAUGCCAAAUCAAGAAAUCAUUGAAAGGCGUGAUGUAGACAUUGUUGACGAGGCUACGAAAAAUCUUAAUUUAUUUAUACAAAUGUUACAUCAAGUUAUAUUCGAAUCUCGUAGUAAUUUCAAAAAUCAGAUUGAACUUACAUUCUUACAAUCUCAAGAUAAUACCAAUACAGUCACGCUUGAUUCAACAAUUUCAACAACACCAGCAUCUAACUUAAAAAAGUAUACAGUUCUACCUCGGAUACAAAGAAUACAAUCAUUAGCAUAUAAAUUCAAAGAAAAUGGUUUUGAUAUAUUAGAAUUGUUUGGUGACGAAAUUUCUAGUUAUUUUAUUCAAAGAAAUAUUAAUUUUCAAAUUAUUACAAGUCAUGAUCCAAAUCUUUAUAGAAUUGUUAUACACUUACCGAAAUUUGAUAUAAUGAAUAAGUCGCAAAUAAUUGAAAAUUCUAUCAUAAAAAUUACAAACAAUCAAUGUCAAGCUGAAUUGUAA